AGCUGCGCCCUCCCUCUGCUGUGCCCCACCAUACUCCACACUAAAACUCACCUUCUCGCCUCCAGGAGCUGGUCGCUGUCGGCUCAGCAAGGUGGGAGCUGCCCGGCGAUUGCCUCCAGCCCGAGUAAGAGUGGCUGUGCGACUGCGGCCAUUUGUGGAUGGAACAGCUGGAGCAGAUGACACCCCCUGUGUGCGGGGCCUGGACAGUUGUUCUCUAGAGAUCGCCAACUGGAGGAAUCACCAGGAGACUCUCAAAUACCAGUUUGAUGCCUUCUAUGGCGAGAGGAGCUCCCAGCAGGACAUCUACUCAGGAUCCGUACAGCCCAUCCUCAGGCACUUGCUGGAAGGGCAGAAUGUCAGUGUGCUCGCCUAUGGGCCCACAGGGGCAGGGAAGACACAUACAAUGCUGGGCAGCCCAGAGCAACCUGGAGUGAUUCCCCGGGCUCUCAUGGACCUCCUCCAGCUCACACGGGAGGAGGGUGCUGAGGGCCGGCCAUGGGCCCUCUCGGUCACUAUGUCUUACCUAGAGAUCUACCAGGAAAAGGUCUUAGACCUCUUGGACCCCGCAUCGGGAGACCUGGUGAUCCGAGAAGACUGUCGGGGAAACAUCCUGAUCCCGGGCCUCACACAGAAGCCCAUUGCCAGCUUUGCCGAUUUUGAGCGGCACUUCCUGCCAGCCAGUGGAAACCGGACUGUGGGAGCCACGCGCCUGAACCAGCGCUCCUCCCGCAGUCACGCAGUGCUCCUGGUAAAGGUGGACCAGCGGGAACGCUUGGCUCCAUUUCGCCAGCGGGAGGGGAAGCUCUACCUGAUUGACCUGGCUGGAUCGGAGGACAACCGGCGCACGGGCAACAAGGGGCUGCGGCUGAAGGAGAGCGGGGCCAUCAACACCUCCCUCUUCGUGCUGGGCAAGGUGGUGGACGCGCUGCACCAGGGCCUCCCCCGCGUGCCAUACCGCGACAGCAAGCUCACUCGCUUGCUCCAGGACUCUCUAGGUGGCUCCGCCCACAGCAUCCUGAUUGCCAACAUCGCCCCGGAGCGAUGCUUCUACCUAGACACGCUCUCUGCUCUCAACUUUGCUGCCAGGUCCAAGGAAGUGAUCAACCGACCUUUUACCAAUGAGAGCCUCCAGCUUCAUGUCUUGGCACCUGUUAAACUGUCUCAGAAAGAACUAGGGCCUUCAGAGGCAAAGAAAGCCCGAAGCCCCGAGGAAGAGGAGCCUGGGAAUCCUGAGUCCCCAGCACCUCCAGCUUCUGCCUCUCAGAAAUUCAGCCCCCUACAGAAGCUAAGUAGCAUGGACCCAGCCAUGCUGGAGCGCCUCCUGAGCUUGGACCGUUUGCUGGGCUCCCAGGGGACCAAAGGGACCCCUCUGCUGAGCACACCAAAGCGAGAUCGUAUGCUGCUUAUGAAGACAGUGGAGGAGAAGGAUUUGGAGAUUGAAAGGCUUAAGAUGAAGCAGAAAGAGCUGGAAGCCAAGGUGUUGGCCCAGGAGGCUGUGGACUCAACAGAGAAAGAGAAUUGUUCCCUCACAGUGCUCCGACCCUUUGCCCGCCGCGCGGUCACGGUGGCCAAGCCCCUCAAAAAGGCCGUGGUGCUACCUCUACAACUGAUCCAGGAGCAGGCAGCAUCCCCGAAUCCCGAAAUCCACAUCCUGAAGAAAAGCCGGAAGAGAAAGCUGGAGCACCUGGAUGCCUCAGAGCCUAAUGAGAAGGCCGAGGACUGCUGGGAGCUACAGAUCAGCCCAGAGCUACUGGCCCAUGGGCGCCAAAAGAUACUAGAGCUGCUGAAUGAGGGCUCAGCGCGGGAUCUGCGAAGCCUGCAGCGCAUUGGCCAAAAGAAGGCCCAGCUCAUCGUGGGCUGCAGGGAGCUCCACGGCCCCUUCAGUCAGGUGGAGGAUCUGGAGCGGGUGAAAGUCAUGUCAGGGAAACAGCUGGAGUCGUUCCUGAAGGCGAACAUCCUGGGUCUCGCCGCGGCCGGCCAGCGCUGGGGUCCCUGCUAACUACCGGCUCCUCUCUUCACUCUCCCCCCCUUUUUUUUUUCUUAAGUCUUUGUAUAACCAAUUCUUGUAUAAAUACAGUUUUAACUCCGUU